AUUUUUUUUUUCAAUUUAUUUAAUAAUCUCAAUAAAAGUAAAAGUCUUCAAUUUAUUAUUCCCGUUGUUUAAAAUCAUAACAUUGGAAAGUGCAAAUCCAGUUUCAUUUUCUCCAACAAAGACAAAACUAGCCGUUACACCCUCCAUUUUAUCUCCCCACCACCAUUACUCUACUCUAGUCUCUAUCUGUUGGAAGUUUCAUUCUCAGCUAUCUUUCUCUCUGUAGAUAUCUCCCUUUCUCUCUCUGUCUCUGUGCACCUUUAAUUUUAAGCAGUAUCAGGAUUAGGGUUUGUCAAUGGCGAAUUUAGCUUCUCCGCAGAACCCGAUUAGUCCCAAUUCAGAUAAGCGUUUCUGGAACACUUUACAUAAAAGGGUUGAAUCGAUUCUUGAAACUCGAAAAACUGAUCUAUCAUGUUCGAUUUCCUCUACGAAUUGUGGAGGACUGAAUCCUAGAGGUAAGAAAUUGAAGGAGGAUUCUAUGCUUUUGAUCAGAGGUUUUGAUUCAGUUGCUUCUUCAUUAUCUACGCUUACAGCCAAUCUGGAAAAUGCCCUUCAGAUAUCAAACCCAGAAAUUGAUACUGCUGGAACAGAGACCUCAACGGCCUCUAAAGCAACCAUUGGCACUGUUCGAAAGCGGAUGAAGGAUCGUUCCGGCGUAUGGGAUCACUUCUUAAAGAUUGAAACAGAAUCUGGACUGCAAGCUAAAUGCAAAUAGUGUGCAAUUCAAUACAAAUACAAUAUUAAGAGGAAUGGAACAAGCACUUUGUGGGCACACAUUUCAAAGUGUCGUAAGUAUCCUUACAAUGUUCCUAAAGACUCUAAGUCUAAACAAAGUUUGCUUUCAUUUCAAGUUGCUAAAGAAACUUGGGGUGCUUCUAGUGGCUUAAUUGUUCAUAAGUUUGAUGCAGGAAAGCUUAGAAAAGGUUUGUCAUAUAUGAUAAUUGUUGAUGAGUUGCCUUUUAAGUUUGUUGAAGGCCAAGGAUUUAAGUAUUUUUGUAGUCUAAUGGAGCCUAGGUUUCAUGUACCAUCUAGGAUUACUGUAGCAAAAGAUUGUUAUGAAACAUACUUAACUGAAAAAAGAAAGUUAAAAUCAUUUUUAAAGAGUUGUAACUGUAGAGUAUCUUUAACCACUGCUUCAUGGACUUCUGUGCAACAUACUAAUUAUAUGGUCUUAACUGCUCAUUUCAUAGAUAAUGAUUGGAAAUUACAAAAAAAAAUAUUGAACUUUAUUCCUGUCUCUAGUCAUAAGGGUGAUGAAAUUGGUAAGGAAAUUGAGAAAUGUUUAAUUGAAUGAUAUCUUGAGAAAAUUUUUUGCAUAACUGUUGACAAUACUAGUUCAAAUGACGUGGCUUUAGGGUAUAUGCAGAAAAAAAUCAAUGCUUGGAAAACUGGAAUUAUUAAGUGUCGUUUUCUUCAUAUGCGUUGUGUUGCUCAUAUCAUAAAUUUGGUUGUUAGUGAUGGAAUGAAACACGUGGAUAAUUUUGUUGUGCGUGUUAGGCAAGCAGUGAGGUUUAUCAAACAAUCUCCUGCAAGGUUGUUAAAGUUUAAAAAGUGUAUUGUAGCUGCUAAGAUUAUAACUAAAAAGUUGUUAUGUCUUGAUGUUUGUACAAGGUGGAAUUCCACCUAUCUCAUGUUAGAGGCUGCACUUGUUCUUGAGGAUGUAUUUGAGAGGUAUUGUGAAGAAGACCCCUAUUAUGCUAGUGAGUUAAAGGAUAGAGAGGGAAAGGGUAAACCUGAAAUUGCUGAUUGGGAUAAUGUUAAAAGGUUUUGUCAGUUUCUAGAAAGCUUUUACGAUCUUACUUUGCGUGUUUCUGGCUCUUUAUAUGUGACUGCAAACAUAUUUUUUCACGAACUUGUGAAUAUUUCUACUCUUUUGAAAGAUUUAAUUGAUUCUGAUGAUAUAGCAAUGUCUCUAAUGGCUAGCGUAAUGAAGGAUAAGUAUGAUAAAUAUUGGGGUGAUCCUGAAAAAAUUAAUUUGUUGAUUUUUGUUGCUGUGGUACUUGAUCCCCGUUAUAAACUUGAGUAUGUUGAGUGGAUGUUAGUUGAGGUUUAUGGUUCAAGUGUUGGGAAUUCACUUGCAAAAAAGGUGAAGGAAGUUUUGUUUCUUUUAUUUGAGGAGUAUAGAGCUUCACACUCUAAUGAUGUUCAAAAAGAAGAAAUUUCAGCUACUAGUAAAGAUGAUAAUGCUUGUGUUGCCUCAUAAAAAAAAAUUGAGAUAUUGAAAAACAAGUGGAAGAAACAGAAAUAUGAGAAAGAGGGUGAAUUGAAACUUGAGUUGGAGAAAUAUUUAGAUGAAGAUACCGAAGAAGAUUGUGAGAACUUUGAUAUUUUAGGUUGGUGGAAGUUUAAUUGUAGUAGGUUUCCUAUUACGGGAAAGAUAGCACGUGAUGUACUAGCGGUCCUCGUAUCUACUGUGGCAUCGGAGAGUGCAUUUAGCACAAGUGGGAGGGUUCUUGAUGUGUUUAGGAGUUCCCUUGCUCCUACGACGGUUCAAAGUCUUGUUUGUUCUCAAGAUUGGUUACGUUCAUCUCCUAUCCCGGUGUUUUUCGAAGAACACAUGGAAGAAGUAGAGCACAUUGAAGAAGGUAAAUUUUAGUUUCAAUAUAUCACAUAUAAAUUGUAAUUGUUUGUUUUUCAUAACUUGUAGAGUUGAUGAAGAUGUCAAUUGUUGAUGAAAAGGAUGGGAUGAUUCCAGAGACAGUUGAAAUUGAUGAUUAAUGCAUAUGAUAUGAUGGCUUUGUUAGUUUGUUUAGUGAUUUGGAAGGCUUUUUUUUGUAGUUUACAAGACUUUGUUUAUUAUUUUGCAAGAUUUGUUAUUUUGAAUGACUUUGUAAGACAUUAUUUCUAUUAUUAUUAAUCUUGUAUGAUUUGCUAUUGUCUUAACUAUUGUAAUUGUAGUUUAAAUAGU